GCUGAGUCGAUUUCCUCAUCAAGCCAACCAACCGGAGCAACAAUCCAACCGUUCUACUGUGCGGGACAAAAAAAAAAAAAAAAGCUGCGAGUGAGCUCGAGUGCGUGCUCCAGGUGAGGAAAAAGCCCUCCGAUCGAUUAGCGUUACCCAGCCGGGACGUCGCUGCCUAGUUUCGGCGUGCUUACAGGCGGAGGAGACGGUGAAGCAAAGCCCCGAGUGCUAGCCCACUGAAGGCUGUUUUUUUCACACCCUACUGUGGCUUGUCGGAAGGCGACGUGUUGCCUGGAAGCUCAUUUUCCAACAUUUUGAACAUUUUCCUCAAAGUCUGAUCGUCUUGCUGGAACUGCACAGCGGCUGUACAUGGAUUAUCUGUGUUUCCGGGCACUGUGCUGUAAAGGACCGCCGCCGCCGAGACCCGAGUACGAUGUGGUGUGCAUCGGCCUGACGGGCGCCGGAAAGACCAGCCUGCUGUCGCGCCUCUGCAGCGAAGGCGGCGACCGAGUCGUUCCCACCACAGGUUUUAGUAUCAAAGCAGUGCCAUUUCCCAAUGCCAUCUUGAAUGUCAAAGAACUUGGAGGAGCUGACAACAUCAAGAAAUAUUGGUGCCGCUACUACCAGGGGUCGCAGGGUGUCGUCUUUGUAUUGGACAGCGCUUCAUCAGACGAGGACCUUGAGGCGGCGCGUAAUGAGCUGCACUCGGCCCUGCAGCACCCUCAGCUCUGCACGCUGCCUUUCCUCAUCCUCGCCAAUCACCAGGACAAGCCCGCCGCAAGGACGCCCAACCAGGUCAAGAAGUACUUUGAGCUGGAGCCGCUAGCCCGGGGCAAGCGCUGGAUCCUGGAGGGCAGCAGCACGGACCACGUGGACGCCGUGAAGGAAAGCUUUGGCCAGUUCAUCAGUCUCCUGGAGGACAAAGACACGCAAGGCGGCAGGAUAUGACGCCGUUAGUUAGCGCCGAGAGACACCAACGCCGAAAUGGAAACGUUCGGCUGGUGCGCCGACGAAUCCACGCCCGCCCCCCCUUCUCUUUCUUCAGGACUACCUUCCAGGGGCCUUCAGAACCACUUCGAACCUCGUUGUUAUGAUGCUCCUCCUGCACCGCCGUGUGUCGAGGUGGGCUUUGUAAUUACUCUCCGACGCGCACACACACAAAGUGGGGCCCAGGUUGCCUGUAAGAUAAGUUUACCUCUUCCGCUAAUGACUUUUCAGGAUGUCCGAGUGGGAACCGUUGAUGUUGUUUCCACUUGUUUGUGUGUCAACUGUGUCCAUGUCAGCGUGUGACGCCAUAACUAGCCUGAGCCUUGUAGCGCUAGCUAGCUCGCAGUUAGCAUGCGACCGGCACACCGUGUACAUAUUAGCGCUACUAAUCACGUGCACUCGAGUGCUUUUAGCAAUGUGCAGCAUAUGACGCUUGAUGUCUGGAAUCAUUGUUUCUUAAAGACAGAUCACACCACCCAAUUUGGGAGUCCUUCCCUCAAGCCAAUGACCAGUACAAGUAUUAUGGGGCUCACCCACAAAAAAUCCAAUCUCCUAAAAACAACAGAUUACACAAAAGGGAGAAAAACAGAGUAGUUAGGAGAGAUAAAAGGGUUAUUUUUGGAAAAAAAUAAAUAAAUGAUGAGACUCAUGCUGUAUCAAGUUGGAAUGCAGGAAUAAAAGUCCAAAUAAACAGGACCACGCUAGUAUUACCCAAGUAAACAUAAAAUCAAGUUCUCAUUUUAUGAGGAAAGUGUCCUUAUUUUGUAGAGUACGUUGUAAUAUUGCAGGGGAAACGAUAGAAUAUUAAAAGACUAAAAUCAUCGUUUCAGGAGAAUAAUUAGGAUGGCGGGAAAUGUUGCACUUUUACAAGCAUAAAUUUGCAAUAUUACGAGGAUAAAGUCAUAAUGAGGAAAAGUUUCUAAUUCAUUACUAGAAAAGUUAAGUCAUCAUUUUUUAUCCUUAUGUGUAAUAUUCCCACUUCAUAAAUGUAAUUUCACUUUUUUCUUUUUGGCUAGAAAACAAGUUACUAGCUAUUAUGAGAGUUAAGUCGUUAAAUUCUGAUUUAAAAAAAUAAUAAAAAAUUGACACUCACUCAUAAAACAAAAGACUUAAUUUACGUAAUAUUGCAAGCGUUUUUCCCCACCCAAAAUAUGACAUAUUUUAUUUCCUUUCUAGUGUGCCUAUCUAUCCUACUUGUUAUGGUAAUUGUGCAGGCCGGAUGUAUUGGCAAAUGCAUUUGAUGUUUUUCACAUGAGUGUCACUUGUUGUUUUUGUGGUGGCGGCGGUGACGGGCGCAGGCUCACGCUGUCCGCGCGGACUCCGCUGCCUCGGCGGCCCAAUAUAAAGUCAAUCAAUCAGCCGCGGCAACAGCUGCCAGUGACAAGUCCCUGUCUGACACCCUAAUGCCUUCCUUCCAACUGUCUGUGAAGACCCCCCUCUGGCCCAGACCGGCCUAGACCCCACCAACACACACACACACACACAUGCCCAAGUGUGCUCUUCACAUCAUGUGCCCGGCCGGCGGCAUCCAGUCGACAAACACUACAACUUUCACGUUUGUCUUUUUUCAUCUUCUUCCGUCUCGACUGGUUUUGUCUGUGUCUAUUAAAUUUGUAAAAAUCUUAAUGAGCGUCUCUGCUGUACCUUUGCUCUCCAUGAAGCUUAACUGCUGUUGGGCCGGAUUCAUUUUUGCUCUCCCUCCCUCCCGAGAAGUACCUCGCCGCCUUUUGUUUCCAAACAAGCAAAGUCCUCUGAACAUUGCCCUCAAUGAACCCCGUGAGUUUGUCACAUGCAAAUGUGUAAUUACAAGACAAACACGAGCGAACGGGCGUGUUUUCUUAAACCCGGCGAAGAAUGCCUACCCGCUAUCUUCCCUGUCUUCUUCCAUCAAAUGUGUUUGUGUCUUUGUACUGAUAACAGAUGUUACCCUGACAUCCAUCAGGGCCUCGUACCCCUUGCUCUGCCUCCCGCUGUUGAUGAUGAACACCCCACAUUCUCUGGUUAUACCUCGCUUGUACCGCAUAGGCAAAGGUAUUGGGACUGUGGAGAUAAAACAUCAGAGGCUUCAAUAAAACACACCCACCCGCCCAAGUCUUUAUAAUCAUAGAGAGUAAACAGAGGUUUUUUUUCUUCUUGUCUGUUGUCCUCUGUGUGAUCUUUGCGCGAUCCCAACGCUCCGAGCUGUAAAAGUCAUUAAUGCCUGAUUGACUCUUAAUGAGUUGAACUUUGAACUACCGCCUUCCUUCCUUCCUUCCUUCCUUCCUUCCUUCCUUCCUUCCUUCCUUCCUUCCUUCCUUCCUUCCUUCCUUCCUUCCUUCCUAUCCGUCUUGAGUGGCUUUCCUUUACAGUACGCUCAUGCAUAAAAGCAGCAGCCUUGCACCUUAUUUGGUCUGUCGACUUGCUUGACAUUUUGAACCAACAGCCGCUACUUGCAAGUCAAAGGCGGAGAUUAACCAUUCAUCGGCCUCGUAUCCCUCAGCACUCAUCACCGUACGCGGGACUUGUUACGUUUAAAAAUGCAAACUCAUUUAUUUUACAACACAUAACACUUCUGGGUCUUAAAGUCUGCGGGUACACGCAUUUUUAAUAUUUACGAUGAGAGUGGGGGGGAAUCACUCUUGGCACACCGCAGGAUAAUCGCUCAGGAUAAUCUCUUGGCUAACGCUUCAUGACUAAAAUAGGUGUUUGAAAUAUGGAGUUGAGUUAGCUAGUUCCUUACGUUUGAUUUUUUUUUGGAUCACCGCCAAAAUGUUAGCGCUCAACCAAACAAAGUUUGACUGGCUGUGUCAUUAUUUUUCUCAGAACUCUCCCUCACGUUCUCAUCCCCACAUUCAAACUUCAUCAGCACCUAGCGUGCGUUCAUCCCAGGCCGCCUGAACGCCCCGUGGCGUUUUUCCCACCGUGCUUGUCACUCGCGUGUUUGUCCUGCUGUCUAAAUGUGUGCGUGUGCUGUUUCUCUUCCUCUCCGCGUGGCUCGGGUGCUGAUGGAGACCCGCAUCCCAGGUGGGCCUAGCCUCCUUAACCCCCGCCACAUCAAAACAAGAGCAGGCCUCUUGCUUUUCAGACAAACAUCACUCACUUUCUUUGUUGUCUGAGGAACGGGGGCACAGCGAUUUGUCUCCCAAAGCAACCCCCUUUCCUGCUAUCACCUUGCACCCAUUCGUCGCUAAAAGCAAACGUCCGUCAAAGCCAGGGCGGCGCAUUCCUCGGAGAGGUCAAUGGACGGCGGCCACCGCUGUGAAUGAGCUCAGGAAAUGGACAUUUUCAUCUUCAAAAUGGACACCAGCACUCUCAAGCCUUGUGCGAGUGCUUUGGGGACACCUGUCAGCGGGCAGGCUAAUAGUCUUUGCGCCGUUCAUGUGUAGUUUGACAGUGAAGUAGCAAUGAACAGCUUGAAGUUCAUAUUCGGAACCUUUUGCACCGUCAGGCACAGGGAUGAGGCCCAAUGGCUCCUGCAGACCCAUGUGGACAGGUGAUUUUGUGUCCAAGUGGAGGGGGAGGGAGGGCGGGGGCUUUUAUGAGCGUGACCCUUACAUGGCCGUCUCGACCAGUCUAGACUCCCGAGUCCCCGUCCUGUUGCUGCCUAUCAGACUGUGACUUUUUACAAGUCCCAAAACAAAGGAGGAGUGGCAGCGUGUAGCGCCCUCAUCAGCACAUAAAUUCACCAUUUACUUAACUGCAGACAAUCUUGGGCAUGGCUUGGGGG